UGAAGACCAAGCUCCAGUCUCGAGUCAAGAUGCUCCUGUCUGUGGUCCUUGCCUCGGCCCUGCUCCUCUGCUCUGUGGCCAGCCAGAGGUGUUUGACCUUGACUGGGAUCAAGGAUGCUGAGUACCUCAUCAACAACCUGCAGAAACAUCCACCUUCAAAAUGCAGCUGCAGCAGCAACGUGACUGACUGUUUGUGUCUGCCCAUUCCUUCUGACAACUGCACCACGGCAUGCUUCCAGGAGGGUCUGACACAGAUGGCCAACACAACACUGAAAACAAGAUUCCCCCUGAUUUUCAAUAGGGUGAAGAAAACGGUUGAAGCCCUCAAGAACAACAAGUGUGGCUCUUUUUCCUGUGAACAGCCAUGCAACCAAACCAUAGCAGGCAAUACACUGACAUUCCUGAAGAGUCUCCUGGAAAGUUUCCAGAAAGAAAGGAUGAGAGGCAGAGUGUGAAGAUGACAUACUAUUUAUUCUAUUUAUUGAAUUUUAAAAGCUUCCUGUUUAAGUUGUUGCAAUUAAAAAAAUCAAAUAAGCCAUGCUAAAGCAA